CCCUUACAAGUCCUUCUUGAUCCUGAAGUGGAGUAGGUGCCGCUGUUGCUGCUGGUGUUGAAUUCAGAACUGUAGCGGGACAUGGGGCUGGAGGACGAGCAAAAGAUGCUGACCGGGUCCGGAGAUCCCAAGGAGGAGGAAGAGGAGGAGGAGGAAUUAGUGAUAGGACUGAGGCUUUCAGUGCAUACUGGCAACCUUGGAAGGCAGGAAUGUGAAACUUUCCCCUACUACUUAGCAUCAGAAUUGAAUGGGAGACCCCAUUCUGCCAUUUCUGGCGGCAGUGUGGCUCUGCCAGCUGGCCUUCUGCACGGAUCCCCUAACAACAGUGAGAGAGCAAUGCGAGCAGCUGGAGAAAUGUGUAAAGGCUCGGGAGCGGCUAGAGCUCUGUGACCAGCGUGUAUCCUCCAGGUCACAGACAGAGGAGGAUUGCACAGAGGAGCUCUUUGACUUCCUGCAUGCAAGGGACCACUGUGUGGCCCACAAACUCUUUAACAGCUUGAAAUAAAUGUGCAUACUUCACCCCAGCCUUCAUCACCUGGGCAUCAGGAUAUUUCAUGGUUUUGACCAUGCAUUUGUUUCGUAUCCGUCUAACUGUAUGUUCAUGUGGACCUCAUGGAUUUUGGCUUAGACAGUAGCUUCUAAGUAAUUAGCAGUGAUUCCUCUUAAUAAAGUCCAAUGAUCUGCAGA